ACAAAGUCACACCGUGUUCUGGUUUUAACAAGCUUGCACUUGUCAGAAUAUCCAAAAAUUGUUUUUUCACAUCGGGUUGGCACCGUCGGAAGCGCUCUAGGCUGCGUUUUUCCAACUCCAACUUUAUGCACCGGCUGUUGCUCCCAGAGCUGGAGGGCUGCUGUUGCCGUUAACCGGUCGCUACAGUCCGGUUCUCCAUCCGUAGCCUACAGGGACCCUGCACAUCGGAGGCGAAGAUUGUCUGAUACAAUGUGCAAUUGUGUGUCUUAAUUUGGACUCGGCGAUCGGCGAUCUACUUUGUCAAGUUGGGCAAUUCGGGACAUUGACUUGCCGAUCUCAUCGCCGCCAGUAAAGACGUCAAGGAAAGUGCUGCGUCUCACGAGUUUGAUUGUUUUUGUCAGCAACAACAAGAAGAGAAAGAGGAACAUUUUCAUUCUCAACUUUGUUAUUAAGUCGAGUGUCCACGAUGAGCAAACCCGCUGGCUCAACAAGUGGCUGUCUGGAUAUUCUGAAUGUCAAAUCAAGUCGGAUUCUGGACAUCCCAUGCAAAGUGUGCGGAGACCGCAGCUCGGGGAAACACUAUGGUGUUUACGCCUGUGACGGCUGCUCGGGAUUCUUCAAGAGGAGCAUCCGCAGAAACAGGACGUACGUCUGUAAAUCUGGCUCUCAGGGGGGCUGUCCCGUGGACAAAACACACAGAAACCAGUGCCGAGCGUGCCGUUUGAAAAAGUGUCUAGAAGUGAACAUGAAUAAAGACGCCGUUCAACACGAGAGGGGACCCCGGACGUCCACCAUCCGCAAACAAGUGGCCCUAUAUUUCCGAGGCCACAAAGAGGUGAACGGAUCAUCGACCCAUUUCCCGGGAUCCUCUCUGGCCGGCCCUCCCUUCUUCACCACGGUCACGCAACUGGAGCCUCACAACCUGGAGAUGAGCGGAGUAGCCACCACACCGGAAAGACAAGCCAUCGUGGGUCUGGCACAGCCCACCCCGAAGGUAUAUUUUUAUCCCCAUGAAGUCAGCGGCACCCCCCUGUACCUCUACGAGGUGGCGACGGAGUCUGUGUGCGAGUCAGCGGCGCGCCUCCUUUUCAUGAGCAUCAAGUGGGCAAAGAGUGUUCCCGCAUUCUCCACUCUCCCCUUAUCUGACCAGCUGAUUCUGUUGGAGGACGCUUGGAGGGAAUUGUUUGUUCUGGGUAUCGCGCAAUGGGCCAUUCCGGUGGACUCUACUACUCUGCUUGCCGUUUCAGGAAUGAACACCGAAAACACAGAGUCUCAGCGGAUGAAUAAGAUCAUAUCUGAGAUACAAGCACUUCAAGAGGUGGUAACCAGAUUCAGACAGAUGCGUCUCGAUGCAACAGAGUUCGCCUGUUUGAAAUGUAUCGUGACAUUUAAAGCCGUUCCGACCCAUGGCAACACAGAGUUAAGAAGUUUCCGCAACGCCAGCGCCAUUGCUGCACUGCAAGACGAGGCACAGCUCACUCUCAACAGUUACAUACACACCAGAUACCCGACUCAGCCGUGUCGCUUCGGAAAGCUGCUCCUGCUCCUGCCGGCGCUCCGCUCGGUGGGUCCGUCCACCAUAGAGGAGGUGUUCUUCAAGAAGACCAUCGGCAACGUUCCCAUCACCAGGCUCCUCUCCGACAUGUACAAGUCCAGCGAUAUAUGAAUUCUCGCCACCUGAAAAAGACUUGAACUGAAGGCCCAGAGACCCACACAGCAGUCGACAGAACGACAAAUCAUGGCAGGUGUAACCGUGGGUUGAAUUAUUGCUGAGCACACAAUCUAUUAGGCUGUCUUAAAGUAGCCUAUUGAGGCCUAUAGGCUCUGACUGCAACACAGCCGGAAUUCCCCAAGUAGCCUGUUAGCAGUUGCUCUAGUUAAAGAAUAGCCUGUAACUUUCAUUAGAAUGACCUGUGUGAAACUGAACACGUGCGGGCACAGGCAGCCCACAGUGUUUAAAUAUCGCCUAAAGACUCUGGAGAGUAUCUGACAAGUGUGUCUGACAAAGAAAUGUUAUAUAUUAAGAAGUUUUUCGAGUGUCUGUGAGACCAAUGAGCUUGACGACCAAUUCAGUCAUUUAUUGCUGUGAUCAAUCCCAAUGGAGGAAACCGAAAAAAAAAGAAAAGAUGACCGCAUGCGUAACGGGGGAUGUGUAUCGCUGUCCCUCGAUCUGGUGCUGAAACCAAAUGCACGGGGCAAAGAAGAACUCUAUGAAGAUUUAGGGGGGAAGACUUUUAAAGGACAUGCUGCUUGCAUUGCCUCCCGACUGUAAAACUACAUUCAUCUGAAGACGGUGUUUGUAUUUAAGUGGUAACUGUCCUUUACGUGUUGGUGUGUCCUGUUUGAGGCUGUUUUAGGUCGAAUUUUUGAAGUUAGGCACCAACACUGGAUAAAAAUAUUCAGCACUUGGAAAUGUUUUUGUGGCCUGUGAUGUUUUUAUUCUGUUGUAAAUAUUUGGAGUUAACACCAUUUAGAGUUGUAACCGAGAGAAUAAAAAAACACUGAACUAAACUGCUCUUAAAUAACCAUAGGUAUAAAACUACCAGCUGAAACGUAAUGGUCAACAAUGGUGAUGCUCCUCUCAGAUCUAAAUUUUGUUAUCAAUGUAUAGUAUAUUUUCAAAAGAUUUGUUGAUACAUACAUUUAUCUACCACCAAAGUAGCUGGAACCAAUUUACAAAAAAAAAAAAAAAAUGCAUUUCAGAUCCAUGCAUUUGAUCGGCCUCAAUUUUGACUCCGUCACAUUUAUAAGCUUUAGGGUGGCACACAAAUUAAGUGAUUACAGGGUGUAAAUAGUUCAUGUAAUGUCACAAAGUAUGAAGUAGUACAGAUAAAGUACUGCUGUGCUUUCAGAGGCUAAUCAGGCCCUCAGGGUACAAGCGAAUUUAACAUUAACAAUCACUAUAUAUUAUCAGUAAAGUCUGACUUGAUCAUAAUUAAUCCAUGCAUUAACUGAUCAAGAGUCAUUGAUUACAUAGGGAUUACCUAUGCAUGUGUUUAGCACCGAUAUAACGGGUUACCGAUUCCCUUUUAGAAGUAGCCUACUCUAUUCUAAACACUCAGGACAGUUUAAAUAAACUCUGGUCAUAGGCCUAAACCUUUUUUUGUGAUUAAAAUGACAUGUAUACAUUAAAAAAGUAAUGUAAUACAUUUGGGGUUAGCUGUAAUGGUUGUGGCAGCUUGUUUGAAACAUCAACAGUCCAAAUCAACAAAUGUAAUUAUGCAUGGAGACAUUUCACCUAUUUUAUUGGAAAAUCUUCAAAAUAAACAAAAAUGGCACAGCA